UAGCCAUUUGUCACAAUGCCUGGCAAGAAAGACACCAAGAAGGACACAAAGAAGGACACAAAGAAAGGUGGAAAGCCUGAACCAGAGAAAAAAAAGGAGGAAGAAAAAAAAGGGAAGGAUGACAAGAAAGCCACCAAGGAUGACAAGAAAGGUGGAAAGGAUGACAAGAAAGGGGGAAAGGAUGAUAAGAAAGGGGGAAAAAAGGGAAAAGAGGAGUCACCCAAGGGGAAGGGUGAUGGAAAGAAAGGAAAAGACAAAGGGAAGGGCAAGAAAGUCGAGUCAGAUGAAGAAGAGGAUGAGCUUCUGAGUGAUGAAGAGGAUGAAGAGCUAAGUGAAGAAGAUGAGGAGGAUGACUCAGAAUAUGACAGGAAAGGGAAAGGCCGGGGAGGCAAAGCUGCUCAGGGAAAGAAAGGAGGGAGAUCUAGACGUGAGGAAUACUCAGAUGAAGAUGACGAGGAGGAUGAAGAUGAAGAAGAAGAUGAAGAGGAUGAAGAUGAUUAUGGAAAAUCCAAAAAAAAGACCAAAGACAAAGGAAAAGCUCAUGCCGAUGCAAAGAAGAAAAAAGGCAGAAAAAAAGAGGAAGCGCCACAGCUUCCAGUCAAGGAAAUUCCAAAGAAAGGUCUGAAGAACAUGUCCAGGAUGUUCAUGAAGUUUUCUGGUUUCAAGAGGCGCAGGAACAGUAGAAAGAAGCUGAAAAGUACAUCACGCUUGUUCCUGGGUUUAGGGAAGCGGAAGUUUCGACUUGCUAAGAAGAAACGCCGAAAGUCAAUGCUGAAGAACACAUCUCGAUUCAUGAUGAGGUUCAAGGCCAGCAAAAAGGGAAAAAAGGAGAAAGAGGCCAAAGAGAAAGCAUCUGAUGGUAAAAAGCCAACCUACAUGCUGCUUCGUCUGGGAGGAAAUAAAGAAGCAAACGAGAAGAAGGGGGGCUUUUUUAAAAACUUAUUUCGGAAAAAGGAUGGUGACGAACCUUCUGAUGACUUCAAGAACAGAAGUGUGUUGCUGGGUAAGGUUGCAGCAGCAACAAACUGGUUGACCAAGCGCUUCCUGUCAACUAAAAUGCGUGAAAAUUCUGGACAUCAUGGCUGGGGGGGACGCAGAGCACAUAGCCGACAAGCCAGCUCAAGGCGUUAUCUCCAUGGUUACCAUAAUAAUGGUUAUGAACAUGGUGAGGACGUUUAUGGGUAUGACCAGGGAUAUUCAAUUCAACAGAAAGGUUAUGAAGAUUAUUAUGAUGGUUAUGGCAACUAUAGAGAUGAGGUAGCUGCAGCUUAUGAUGGCCAGGGUCAGUUUCAUUACUAUGAUGAUGAGGCAGGGGGAGCAGACCAUCAAGACCUGGGAUACUAUGAGGAGGAUGGAUUUUAUGAUCCAAAUGCAGAAUAUUAUGAAGGUGGUCUUCAGGAGGAGGGCAUGGAAGACUACUAUAACCCGUAUUCAUCUUCUCAGGGCUACUAUAACAACCAGGAUCCAUAUGGUUACCAGCAACAACAGGCAGUGGCAAUGUAUGGGGAUGAGGAACUAGACUAUUAUGCACUUAUGGGGGAGGACCAUAUGUAUGGGGGAGCCAUAGAUGGAUUUGUUGACCCUCAGGCUCAGGGUUAUUAUGAUCAAAAUGGUCAAGGAGUAUACUACAGUGACGGACAAGGAGGUUACAUCAAUAAUGGACUAGCAGGUUAUUAUGAGAACCCUUACACAACAACUAUGGGAAUACAAGGGGGGCUUUCACCUGACUAUCAACUUAAUUAUAGUGAUGCUGGCAUUUCCUACCAAGAUUACAGCUCCCAGCAGGCAAUGGGAUUACCAUCAGGAAGCCAGCAGAACUUUGGCUUUGAUGGACAGGGGAUGGAUCAGGUACAGGGCAUGUAUGGGGACCAAUAUCCAGACCAUAUAAAUCAAUAUGGGGAUGAUACAGGUGGCCUUCAGGGAGGGGAGAUAACAUUCAGAGUUCCUAGACCUCAAGUGCGCCUAUUUGGGAAAGAACGUCUGGAUGUGCCCCUGCCACCUGUACCUACUUUGCCACCAGAUCCAGAAUUUGAAAACAUGUCAGAAAUCCAAUACGAAGACCAGAUUCCUCUUGCACCAGGUCAUCCUGGUGACAUUAUGUUACCACAUCAACAAAUGGCAUUGUCACCACAUCAACAAAUGAUGUCACCACAUCAACAAAUUAUGUCACCACAUCAACAAAUGAUGAUGUCUGCUCAAGAACAGAUGAUGAUGUCCCCACAGAUGUCACCGCAACAGGUGAUGUCGCCACAUCAACAAAUGAUGAUGUCUGCUCAAGAACAGAUGAUGAUGGCCCCACAGAUAAUGUCACCACAACAACAAAUGACGUCACCACAUCAACAAAUGAUGAUGUCUGCUCAAGAACAGAUGACGAUGGCCCCACAGAUAAUGUCACCACAACAACAAAUGGCGUCAUCACAUCAACAAAUGAUGAUGUCUGCUCAAGAACAGAUGAUGACCCCACAGCUAAUGUCACCACAACAACAGAUGAUGUCAGCACAGCAAGAAAUGAUGUUUGCACAGCAGCAGAUGAUGUCACCGCAAGAACAAAUGAUGCCACAGCAAAUAUUGGCACCACAGCAAAUAUUGGCACCACAGCAACAUAUAUCUCCGCAGAUGAUUUUGCCACAGCAGCAGAUGAUGACAGAUCCAAUGAUGAUGCCACAGGGUUAUGGCCCACCCAUAGUCCCUACUCCAACUGCCAUGAUUAUUAAGCAGGCAAACAUGUCUCCUCUUCCUGCUCGUCGUCUGCAACCCUCUCCAACUCCAUCACGACGCUCUGUCAUCAUGCCCUCUCCCCAGUUGCAGCGCCAUCCCUCUGUCAUGGCAUCCCCAGUACCUUCUCCUAGGCUUGCACGGAGACCAGGUCCCUCCCCACAACCGUCCUUGAGGAAUAGCUUUUUAGGUGCCCAAAGACAACCCUCUGUUAUGUCCAGACAGAUCUCCCCUCCUACGUCUCCCAUGGUGUCCCCACUUGGCCAUCGUAGAAUGCCUCAGCGAUCACCAUCUCCUGUAGCCCGACGACCCUCCCCCCCACACUCUCCCCGUGCUUCUAUUAUAAGACGAAGUCCUCCACCUUCACCAAGAGCAUCAAUGAGGCAAAGAUCUCCGCCUUCCUCACCUCGUGCUUCCAUGAGGAGGCGGAGCCCCCCACCAUCACCUGCUCCUGCUCAUAGCCCAUUUGGGGGGAGAAAGAUGCAUGGGUCACCCUCCCGUCCCCUUUCUCCUGGUCAUGUAUCUCCCCCUCAUUCUCCACAUUUCAGUAGAAGACCGUCUCCAUCUCCUGCUCCAUCUCGCCGUAGUUUAUCACCUGCUGGGCGCCGUCCUGGCCCAUCAUCUCCCACCCUAUCUCGUCGUUCAACUCGACUGCUUAGGGACCCCACUCCCUUGGCGAGGCCCAGGAUGGGGGGAAAUGUCCCUUUAGGUACUGUGAGACCCUCUCCUAUGGGUCUGAGGGGGCGUCCAGUGCCCCCACCCACCCAGAAUGUGCGUCCAUUUCGUGCCUCAUCUAUAAGAAGCAAUAGAUCUUCUGUUCUCACAGUGGACUCCUCCCUUCUUUCUUCCCCUUUUCACUCUCCUCACAUGGUCCACCGUGCUCCCCUUGGGAGACGAGAAUCUGGCCGAUAUCCUCCUCGACCCAUAGCUCGAGGACGUCCCCUCAUGGUUCAGCAAUCUAUGAGAAGAAUGCCUCCUGCUUCUCCACAGCCCUCUCUGAAACAAAUGCCACGUCCCUCAUCCCCACGCCUCUCUCCUCGACUGUCCCGUCAUUCCUCCCCUCUUCUGCCUCCUCAACAUGCCUAUUCACUCACUCAUGCACCAGAGGCCCAUGUGGCUGGACUCUAUUCUGAUCCUCAUACUGAUCAGAUUCCUAUGCCCCCUUCUUCCCCUAUGUUGUCUGGAGCGCUGCAGAAUCAAGCUAUAAGAGAUGCAUCUUAUGCUUCUUCAUUACGAAGUCCAAUGUCUCCUUAUGAACAGCCUAUGCCCCCUUCUUCUCCUAUUUUGUCUGGAGCACUGCAGAAUCGCGCAUUGAGAGAUGCAUCCUUUGUGUCUCCUCUACAAAGGCCCCAGUCCCCAUAUGCUCCAUCUGUGCCUUCAUCUCCAAUGCUCUCUGGAGCCAUGAGACAUGGUCAGGCACUAAGACGUGUGACCACUUAUGAUACUCCACAGCUGCAUUCACCAUACGGGCCAACUGUUGUUACCCCAUAUGAUUAUAUCUCUGAACCUGGCCCACCACCACUGCUCCAUGAGGCUCUGCAGAACCGAUCUGGCUUGCAGAAUGUCUCAUCUUUAAAAUCACCAAUGAUGCUACGCCGUAAUCCUUAUGCACCGGCUGGACCUCAGCUUCACAGUGCAUUACAGCAGAACCCUAACCUUCGACAAGCAUCUUUCCAGUCACCCAUGCAAUUAAGGUCGCCUUAUGGGCCUCCACCACCAUCUUCACCAAUGUUAGGAAAUGCCCUGCAAAACUCACAGCUGAUGCAGGCAUCAUACCGGCUGCCAGAAGGAACCUUGAUGUCACCAUAUGGCAAUUCACGUUCCUCCCCUAUGCUUGGCCACGCCUUGCAAAACCAACAAAUCCGUGGAGCCUCAUACACGUUGCCUGAUGGAUCAGUGAUCAGGGAUCCACGUGUGCCCAUGUCUCCUAGUCUUUCCAGAGCCCUUCAGAAUCAGGAUCUCAAAAGUGCAUCAUAUACUCUCCCUGAUGGCACCAUUAUAGACCCUAGACAGCAACAUACAAUAUCUCCAAACCUUGCAAAGGCCUUAGCCAACCCAGCUUUGCGUGAAGCCUCCUACUCUCUUCCUGACGGGACCAUUGUGAUAGACCCCAAGAAACCCAAGUCCCCAAACCUGACAGCAGCACUUCAGAACCCUUACCUGAAAAGUGCGUCAUACUCUCUGCCAGAUGGCACUAUCAUAAUCGAUCCACGGAAACCUCUCUCUCCAAACCUUUCCAGUGCCCUUCAAAACUCCUCCCUGCGAGACUCAUCCUUCACAUUACCAGGAGGAAUCCGUGACCCCAAUAUACCUCUGUCACCAGAUCUGACUAAGGCCCUCGGUAACCCUGCGUUAAAAGGAGCUUCAUACACCCUCCCAGAUGGAACUAUUAUAGUUGACCCAAGAAAACCAAAGAGCCCCAGUCUAACAGCUGCCCUGCAAAACCCCCAUCUAAGAGGUGUGUCAUAUACCCUGUCUGAUGGAACCAUCAUCAUUGAUCCAUGGAAACCAGUUGGUCCUGACCUGUCUCAGGCUCUUUUGAAUAAUGCUCUUCGAAACGCAUCAUACCAGCUCCCUGAUGGUUCUAGCCUAAUUAUUCCUGGCCAGAAACCCAACCUUUCAUCUGCUCUGAGGCAGAAUCAGACUCUUCGUUCUGCAGGACUUUACCGUCUGUCAGAAAACUCAGGACUGUCAGGCAUACCUCAACCCACCCCUCCCAACCUCAUGUCUGCGAUGAGGAAUGAAGAACUCCGUAGUGUCAGUUACAGGCUGCCUGAUAAGUCUCCACUCACACGUCGGUUCCACAACCCCAAGCUGUCUGAUGCCAUCCAAAACCAGCAUCUCCGCUAUGCCUCAUACAGGGUGCCAACAGGCCUGCAGGGUGAGGAUAACUGCUACGCUGUGGUGCCCCCCUACGGGCCUCGCUCAGGCCACUGGGCCAGGAAUGCCCGAGGAGGAGGAGGUGAAGGAGGGGAGGAUUUUUGGGCAGCUGAGAAGGUUUUACCUCAUGGAACAGUCCAGAAUCUGACAAAGUGGUCCAUGUACAGAGAGGAUGGCGUGUUAGAAGGAUACUAUCCCACAUCCCAUUUUGUUGAUGGACCUCAUGACCCAGACUGGACUCCUGACAGAGAUAGAGCACCUGGUCAAAACUGGUAUGACAAGAUCUACUCUAUCCUAAGCAUGCCCACAGCAGGCCACAGGGUGAAACGCUGGGCCGAGGGAAUGGAGGACAUGACACAGCUGCCUGAGCUGAAUGAGACCACAGUUCUGAUGAACCUGAAGAAGCGCUACGACCAGGAACUUGUCUAUACCUACAUAGGCAGCAUCCUCGUGUCUGUGAAUCCAUACAAGUUGCUCAACACUUACGGCACAGACAUGGUGCUUCAGUAUGAAGGCCACGGCCUGGGUGAAAAUCCUCCUCAUCUUUUUGCCAUUGCUAAUAUCGCAUAUACCACCAUGAUGGAUGCCAAAAAGGACCAGUGUGUUGUGAUCAGUGGAGAAAGUGGGUCAGGAAAGACCGAAGCUACAAAACUGAUCCUGCGUUACCUGACAGCCAUACAUCAUAAACGCAACAUCUCACAACAGAUAGAGAUCCUGGAGGCCAUGCCCCUGUUGGAGUCCUUUGGGAAUGCCAAAACAGUGCGCAAUGACAACUCUUCACGCUUUGGCAAAUACACACAGAUCUUCAUGGAGGAUGGUGUAAUCAGCGGUGCCAUAACGUCUCAGUACCUGUUGGAGAAGUCCCGCAUUGUCUUUCAGGCCAAAUCGGAGAGGAACUACCACAUCUUCUAUGAGAUGUUGGCUGGUCUUCCUCCUCAUGAGAAGAGCUCACUGUAUCUGCAGGAGGCUGAGACUUACUACUAUCUGAAUCAGGGAGGAGACUGUACCAUAGAGGGUAAGGAUGAUGGGGAGGACUUCAGGCGUCUUCUGAACGCUAUGGACAUCCUGUGUUUCACCCCAGAGGAGCAAAAUGGCAUCUACAGACUGUUGUCCUCUGUCCUUCAUCUGGGCAACGUCUACUUCCAGCCACACCAGGCUGAGGGUCAGGAGGCCGUGUCAGUGGUGAGUGCACAGGAGAUCAGGGUUGUCGCUGAGUUGCUGCAGGUCUCGCCUGACGGCCUGCAGAAGUCCAUCACCUUCAAACUGACAGACACAGUGCGAGAGAAGAUCUACUCUCCGCUCACGGUGGAAAGUGCUGUGGAUGCCAGAGAUGCUGUUGCCAAGAUCCUGUAUUCGCUACUGUUUAGUUGGCUGACAGAGCGCGUCAAUGGACGGGUCUACCCUCGCAACGAAGCCCUCUCCAUCUCCAUCCUGGACAUAUAUGGAUUUGAGGAGCUACAGGUGAACAGCUUUGAGCAGUUGUGCAUCAACUACGCCAAUGAAACUUUGCAGUUUUUCUUUAACAGAGUCAUCUUCCAGGAGGAGCAGGAGGAGUACAUGCGGGAGCAGAUCGAGUGGCAGCAGCAACCUUUCAGCCUCAACCAAGCCUGCCUGGACCUCAUUGCUGCUAAGCCUCAUGGGAUACUUCGCAUACUGGACGACCAGUGCGGUUUCCCUCAGGCAACAGACCACACCUUCCUUCAGAAGUGCCACUAUCACCAUGGAAACAACCCGCUGUAUGCCAGGCCAAAGAUGCCACUGCCAGAGUUCACCCUCAAACACUACGCAGGGAAGGUCACCUAUCAGGUGAACAAGUUCUUGGACAAGAACUUUGACAUGGUCCGCCAGGAUGUUUUAGACCUCUUCAUUCAGAGCAAGAACAGAAUGGUAUCCAGCCUCUUCUUGAAGCACUCAGAGUCUGUGUCACAGCAGAGGUCUAACGACCGCCGCAGCAGCGCCGCGCGUCGUUAUCACGCCAACACGGUCAGCGCCAAGUUUCAGAGCAGCCUGCAGGAGCUGGUGGAGAAAAUGGAAAGGUGUAACCCUUAUUUUGUGCGAUGCAUCAAGCCAAACCAUCACAAGGAGCCGGGAGUGUUCGACAAUGAGCUGGUCAACACUCAACUGCAUUACUCUGGUAUCAUGGAGACUAUUCUCAUCAGAAAGGAGGGUUAUCCAUACAGAUUACACUUUCACAGCUUCCUAUCAAGGUACAAAUCCUUGCUCUGCCUGCGGGAGCUGCCACCAGCAGAUGGAGAAAACUGCAUCAUCAUGCUCCACAAGCUCGGCCCAGUAAAGAAAGGCUCGUAUCAGGUGGGAGUCAGUAAGAUUUUCCUGAAGGAGGAGUUGUAUCAGCUGCUGGAGGGGAAGCGCGACCGUGUGCUGAACCUCGCUGCCAUGACACUGCAGAGAUACACUCGCAUGUGUUUUGUACGGAAAAACUUUCUCAAGUUCAGGCGCCGCAUCACGCUGUUUGAAGCUCGCAGCAAGGGCUACGUGGCCAGAAAAAAGUUUACGCUGAGGAGAAAGUACCUCAUCAGGUUCCGCUCUGCCGCGCUGCUCAUCAUCAACCGCCAACGUUACAUGAGGGUAUGUGGACAGUGUUUGCUCUCAGUGGACAUGGAAACUUCUAAGGGUAUUUUAUGUUUCUGUCAGACAGUGCUAGAGCCUGCAAGGAAGGCAGAGGAGGAUCGCAUCAACAGAGAAGUGGUGAAUGUGGCAACACUGCCAAUCCCUGCUGAGCUGGCUGCCUUGCUGCACCUGGCCUCAGGUGGCGAGGAGCUGCACUCUGACUGUCUGGCCGUGGUCCAGGCUCCAAAGGUUCAGGUUGACCCUCAGCUCACUCUGCCCCUGGAUAUCAACAACUACCUCAUGACUCACUACAUACGGGCCAUAUUUAGGGAGCCAUUGUUCGGGAUGCUGACAGCCCCACUCGAGAAUUCUCUUCUUCGAUUGGAUGAGGAGCUCAAGCAAGGAUCCCUGAACAUUUUCAUUCUGAUACUUAGAUUCAUGGGUGAUCCCAACCUGAAUGGGGCUCAAGAGAAUCUGUUUGGGAACUACAUCAUUCAAAGAGGACUGACCAAUCCCAGCCUCCGAGAUGAGAUCCUGGCUCAGGUAGCCAAUCAGGUGUGGAGGAAUCCGAACAUUUUGAAUUCAGAGCGUGGUUGGCUCCUUCUCUCAUCUUGUCUCUCUGCCUUCCUGCCAUCUCAAAGACUGGCCAAACAUCUGCUGAAGUUCAUGUCUGAUUAUGGGCCCGAGGGUUACGACUGUGUGUGUCAGACCCGUCUGCUUCAGGCUCUGCAUCGCCUGAAUGUCGGGCCAGAGUGCGUCCGGACAUACCCGCCGUGUCUGCUGGAGUGGACCGCCAAUCGCAAGAGAGCACACACUGUCCUGCACAUUCACUGUUUUGACGCUGUUUCCUUCCUGUGUCCUCUGCACUCGUGGACAACAGGGGAAGAGAUGGCCAAGGACAUCUUACAACACAGGGGUGUAAUGGAGGGCCGUCGAGGCUGGUCAGUACUGCUGAAGGAGCCGGCUCAGUGGGUGGAGCUGGAAGGCUCCGACUACGUUCUGGACUUGAUGUCGGACCUUGAGCUUCCCGCUGACUUCCCCAAAAACAGCAGCUAUUUCAUCAUCUCUGCACAGGAACCCACCCGAGUGCGGGCCAACGCCAGCAUCAGCCUGUUGGGUGGUGGAUUCGAAAUAAAUAAUGAUGUCAUAACCAUACCUGGCUCUGAUGGACAAGGUACGCAUGACUUGGAGCCUCAUAGAGGAAUGGAUAGUUAUCUCGACAGCUUGUUUGACCCUGUACUGUCUGAUGGAACUGGGGAAGUGGAAUCAGCAGCAGGACUUUCCAGCAGGAUGAAGGGGGCAGGGGGAGUCGGAGGAGGCUGGCAACAGCAGGGGCAGUCCACUGGUCCCCCACCUCCACCUGGAGCUGUGAGAGUCCUUCCUGUGGGAGGUGUGAUGUUGCCUCCUGUGGUUGCCGUGGCACCUGUAACACCUGAUGCCCAGCAGGCUGUUUUGGCCCAACAGCAGCAGGCAAUUGUGAACCAGCAAGCAGUUAUCAUGGCCCAGCAGAUGACCAUGCAAGCCAUGGCUAUGGUCACCAGCCCAGUGUCAAGCCCUCCCAUGUCCCCGAUUACCAGCCCUCCCUCAAGUCCUCUUCUCCACCAUCCUCAGAGCCCGUACGCCCCGAGCCCGUACGCUGUCAUUCCUCCAAGUCCCUAUGCUAACAUCCCACCCAGCCCCUACGCCAACUUCACCCCCACUCCCUACGCCGCAGCAGAUAUCCCGCCAAGCCGCUAUCCUCCCGCUGCUCAACAGGAACUAACUGCACCACAGCCUCAAGCUCAGCCUGCUCCUGCUGAGCCCCAGACACAGCCCAGAGCUCAGGCUCAGUCAGGUAAGGACAGCGCUCCUCGCAGGAAGGCUCCGGGCGUCCCCAUAAACAAGGACAUACCAGCCAGGAAGUUUGCCCCAGUCAUGACGUCUCCUCCGCUUGCUGCUGGAGAGGUGGUGAAGUACUCUUCAAAGUCUUCAGAUCACAUUACCCCCAGCCAAGACAUCCAAGAAAUCAUCAAAAGAUACAACUCACCACCUCCACCAGCAGAACAGCUGCCACCUGGCAAGAGGAGACUGGAGGGAAAGUUCAAGAAGAAGCAAACUGCUCGUGAUGAAGCUUUACAGAUCCUCAAACCACAGAUGGAAAACCCUCCUGCUCCACAGCCCAAACGUCCUGCUGCUCCCAAACCUUCAGCAUCCGCAGUCAAAGAGGUGGAAGUAAAAACCCCCAAGAGCGCGAAGACACAAGCACCUCAUCGACCUCUCCCCAAACCUCCUCCAAUUUCUCGAGAGCUCCCGAUAGAGACAGAGAGCAUCCAGACACAACUUCAUCAGAGCACCAACGAGGAGCACUACACUUACACCAACGUUCCCUGGAGACUGUACCUCAGGAAGGAGGUUUUCUAUCCCAAAGACAGUUUCAACAAUCCUGUGGUUCUAGACCUCAUUUUCAAACAGAUAGUGAACGACACGCUGUCAGAGGCGUGUGUUCGCAUCACCCGGGAUGAAAGGCAGAAAAUGAAAGCUCUUUUCGCAAAACACAGCAUUGAACAGAAUAUGGAUCCAGUGGAGGAGAAUGUGAAGAAAGCGGUUGUGACGGCAGCGAGGGAAACCUGGGAAAUUUACUUCUCUCGACUUUUCCCUGCCUCGGGGAGUGUAGGAACAGGUGUGCAGUUGUUGUCAGUGUCACACAGUGGAAUUAAGCUGUUGAAGACUGUGAAAAGCAGCGCUGCCGCUCCAGAUUACUUCAGAGUCCUAAGACCGUACACCUAUGCAGACAUCUUGUUUGUCACCAUCCCAUCUGAGAACAUGCUGGAGUUCAACCUGACCAAUGAGAAGCUGAUCCUUUUCUCAGCCAAGGCACUGCAAGUCAAACACCUCAUAGACACCUUCAUCAGUGAGAUUAAAAGGGACUCAGACUAUGUGAUUGCUGAACGUAACUUUGUUAGAGAUGAGCGCUCGAUGCUCAAUUUCCACAAAGGUGACAUCAUCAGGCUUCAGGUCAUGGACGGACUGGAGAAAGGCUACAGUUACGGCUGCGUGGUGAGGAAGAAGGUGGUGUUUUUGGAGGAGCUGAAGAGAGACACUCAAGACUUUGGCUGGAAGUUUGGCGCUGUGUUCGGCCGCCCCGGUGCAUUUCCUGCCGAGUGCGUCCAUCCCGUUGCACCUCCAGACUUCCUGUCACUGCCGCUGGACCGUAAGUCCGAGCCUCGAGGGGGAGCGGGACAGUUUGCUGUGUCUUCCGCCGUCGCUGUUGCCGUAGCAUCCACCAUGGCGGCACAUGAAAUAGAUCAAACAAUUGAGAAAGUUUCCCUUGAUGGCUUUGCUGAAGGAGAUCUGGAUGAAAAGGCCCUGCUGGACAGCAAAUAUGACAUGGUGGAGUUUGCCAGGAAGUACUUCAGACAGGGACCCAGUGGGAGAGGUGAUUCCCUGACGAGCAAAAGCAAGAACAGAGACUCGAGAGAACCUGUUGAAAUGAUCAAGUUCUCAAAGAAUCCUCUGACUGAGUCUCUGAUCGAGUUCAGUGAUGCAGCCAUGAACAGAGUAGCCACUGAUCUCUUCUUGUCGGCGAUGCGUUUCAUGGGUGAUUCACCUUUACGGGGAGUGACAGAACAGGAAGUGGUCAGCACCUUCCUGAAGCUCAUAGGAGAGUUCACGUUGAUGAGGGACGAGGCUUACUGCCAGCUCCUCAAACAGCUCACGGCUAACACCAGCUCCAAACCUGAUAGUUGCCAACGAGGCUGGAGGCUGCUGUACAUCCUGACUGCUUAUCAUCGCAGCUCUGAAGUCCUCAAGCCUUUCCUCCUGAAAUAUCUGCAGCAAGCCUCUCGCAGUGCUGGCGCACAGUAUCAGGGCAUAGCCAAAGCAUGUGAGCAAAACCUGAAGAAGACGUUCCAGUAUGGCGGCCGCAUUGUUCCACCCAACAACAUGGAGCUGAAGGCUAUGAUGGCGGGACGGAGUUCAAAACGUCAGCUCUUUCUCUUUCCUGGAGGAAUCGAACGCCACGUGAAGAUAAAAACAUGCUCUGUUGCCCUGGAGGUGAUUGAAGAGCUGUGUUAUGAGAUGGCUUUGCACCGACUGGAAGCCAUGGAGGAAUAUGCCAUAUUUUUAGUCACCAACCGAGGUCAGAAUGUGCGUCCUCUGAACAAAAACGAGUACAUCUUGGAUGUAGCGACAGAGGCUGAGUUAGUCGACACCAACUACAGCUUUUGGUUCAGAAGAGUCGUCUGGACGCAGCCACUCAAGUUUGAAAAUGAGCUUUGUGUUGCGAUGCAUUAUAACCAGAUCCUGCCCGACUACCGGAAAGGUCUGCUAAACGUUCUGCCACAUGGAAAAGUCAGCGAACAACAGUUCCACCAGAUUUCCAAACUGGCAGCUUUACAGCACCGAGCCAAGGACAUCAUCUUCAUCCCCAGCAUACAUGAACUAUCAGAGUACAUCGCCACACCUCUGUUCAAAAAGCAGCAACCACAGCAGUGGGUUACCAUGGUGACGCAGCACAUGCAACAAGUACAGACCUUGAACCCGCACCAGGCCAGAGCACAAUUUCUGGGCCUGGUCAGUGCGUUCCCCAUGUUCGGCUCGUCGUUUUUCUACAUCCACAGCAGCAGCUCCACCACCUUCUACGCCCCCUGUAUUGUUGCUGUCAAUCAACACGGCCUCCACUUUCUGCACAAAAACACACACGAGGUGAUGGUAGUGGUCCCCCUGGUGGAGGUGCAGUCCAGCCGCACCCAGAGGCCCACUGCUGGAACCAGCUAUCCGUACGUAGAUCUCACCUUGGGGGACAUGAACACGCAGCGGGUCAUUCAGUUGCAGUUGGAGCAGGGCCUGGAGUUGUGCCGAGUCAUCGCCAUGCAGGUGGAAAACAUGAUGUUGGUGCGGGAGAAGAGGCUCACUCUACCGCCCAGUGAAAUCACCAUGUUAUAAGACACACACACACACACAUGUCUGCCUUACCGUGUAUAAACAUACACAUAAUGUCAUAACAGUAUAAUAUUUUAUCAAUCACCUUAUUGGAACACAUCCAGAAAAUAUGGGUUACAAGAGAAGCAAAAUAACAAAUUUUUCAGCAUCUACAGGUGAAAAUGUCAAGUAUUUAGUGUGACCUACCCUUAUACCUUUAACAAUAGAACGGCCUUGGUUCUCAUAAAACUGGAGUAAAACACUAAUUAAUGUCAUCGGUAGAAACCUUUUUUGUUCUACUAUUUCAUGUCAAAAAAGGUCUAUAUAUACAUGUGUUGUCAAAAUCAUUGCAAUACUUGGGGUAAGUCAAAAUAUCCAUUUGGUGAUAUAUUGUCAUCCUUCCCCGUGCAAUGCGAUGAUCCUCCAUACACCAGGGCAAAUAUCGAUAUUUUUAUGAAUAAAUAAAGGCGCUCUAAAGUAGACAGUCCCUGCCUGUUUCUCUAGUCGGGCAUCACUACUUCAUGUCUCCUCAUGGUGGCGCUGUGCAACUGAAUGAGGGAAACUUGGGUGGAAGUUACAGGAUGAUGGCGGAGAAAGCUACAUUAAUCAUACGUAGACUUUAUGCACUUUGUUCUCCAUGUUGUGAAUAGAGAAAUUCUGCACU